AUGAAGCUCCUCGUGUUAGCUACCCUCACCCUGCUUCUUUCCCUCUGCACCCCAGGCACAAGGGCACGUGAAUACACCUCUGUCCUCACUGUGCCCAACGGAGGCCACUGGGGCAAGUGGGGGAGUCGGCAAUUUUGCCGCUAUGGCUAUGCCAACGGAUUUGCACUGAAGGUGGAGUCCUCUCAGUUUGGAAGAGAUGACACAGCUCUGAACGGCAUACGUCUGCAUUGUCAAGAUGACUCAGUCAUUGAGUCCUUGGUGGGGGGGUGGGGUACCUGGACCAGCUUCCAAGUUUGCCCUGGAGGCUACCUGAUCUCUUUCUCACUGAGAACAGAGAAGUCCCAAGGAGGAGGUGAUGACACAGCAGCAAACAACAUCCAGUUCAGAUGCUCAGAUGCAACUGUGCUAAUAGGUGAUGGACUAUCAUGGGGUAGAUUUGGCCCAUGGAGCAAAAGCUGCAACAUAUGCGGUCUCCAGACCAAGGUAGAACCCCCACAGGGGCUUCAGGAUGACACAGCACUCAACAAUGUGAAGUUCUUCUGCUGUAAAUGA